AUGGUGCUGGUCAUCAUUCCGCUGCUUCUGCUGCUGUGGACGCCGGGCGGCCGUAGCAGCGCUGUUGUCUUCCCCCCGGCCGGCCGCAGUCGCUGCGGGCCCGGGCUCGCAUGCGUGCCGGUAGAGUGCUGCGGGGACUACGAGACGGUGCAGCAGCUGGCGCGCCAGCAAUCGCCCGUCUGCAAGUUCCGCGGCCUCGACGCCUUCGUCUGCUGUCGGCGGCGCGGCCAGGCUCCGCCGGAACAGGAGCCGGCGUGCGGCACGCUGGCGCCGCCGCGGCCCGCGCAGCGCCGACGCCGCGAAACGCGGACGCCCUCGCCGGAGGUGGUACCGCCGCCGAUCCUGACCAGGCAGCGCGUGAUGGUGGUGCAGGGCACCGACGCGGCGCCUGGCCGCUGGCCGUGGAUGGUGCUGCUGGGCCGUGACGGCCGCUGGAUGUGCGGUGGCGCCCUGCUCAGCCGGCGCUUCGUGCUGACUGCCGCCCACUGCGUGCCUGACGACGCCGACGGCCUGGCAGUGCGGCUCGGGGAGCACCGGCUCUCGACGCCGCUCGAGACCGAGCACCACGAGCGGCGCGUGGCGCGCGUGCUGCGCCACCCCGACUAUGCGGCCUCACAGAACGACCUGGCGCUGCUGGAGCUGGCGGCGCCAGUCGACUUCUCGGACACGGUACGGCCCAUCUGUCUGCCGCCGGCCGAUGCCGACCACCAGGGACGGCCGGCGCGGCUGGCCGGCUGGGGCCUGUUGCAGUUCGCCGGUCGCUCCGCUGACGUGCUGCAGGAGGCGCGGCUGCGCGUGGCCGACACGGCCGCCUGCGAGGCCGCCUACCGCGGGCUACCCUCUUUCUCGCAGGCAUUUCCGGGUGGCUUCGGCAGCACCAAGCUGUGUGCGAGCGCGGCAGACGGCGGCCGGGCCGACGCCUGUCAGGGCGACUCCGGCGGGCCGCUGGUGUACCGGGGCGCCGGCACCGACGGCAUCUUCCAACUAGUGGGCAUCGUCUCGACCGGGGCCGGCUGUGGCAACCCCGACUUCCCCGGCGUUUACACAAGGGUCUCCAGCUAUGUGGGCUGGAUCAACUCGGAGAUCUUCUGACAGACGGUGUGAAGCAGCUGGAGCCGGGAAUGCACGUACAAAAAACAGGGCAUGCAGUUCCUCUGCACUGCCUGGUUUCGAGAUGAACCGAGGUCAAGUGAGGCUAAGAGGGUGUCUCCCCCUGAAGUUUAUGGUGCCUGAUUGUCAACGGUGACGACUGACUGUAAAAUACGUAUUGGCUAUUGGAUUUGACCAGUAAACGUCCGGGACCUUUAGCUGCACCACACCGUAAUUUGCGUUGUGCCGUGAUGCAUCGCACUGAUACUAUCACACUAUUGAACGGCUGCUUGCACGAAACGUCGUACUGGGACGCAGGCUUAGCGGUUCCAGUGCUAUUCAUAUUGCUGGGAAAGUUACAUGAUGUACUGCAGGCAUAGCUGAAAGUACUAUAUUUUUGGUCCCUUUGCAUAUUGUUCUUUGCUUAUGUGUUUUCACCGAAGUCUUGAAGCGGUCACUGUAAUGUGCAACACGGGUCAGAUUAUUAGACGAGCGCUUCUCCAGCGCGGGAGGGCUUUCUGCAGUGGACAAAGCGACUCUUGUCAACUGCAUUGUAAGCAAAUGAAAGUGGGCGAUGGCUUAUGAACCAAA